AUGGCCUGCUCGAUUAAGAAAGUAAAGCAUCUCUUCUGGUACAUGGUGCUAGUAACAGUUGUUGUGCUGAUAUGGAGUCCACAGACUAUGGUAAAGAUGAUGGUCGCUUCGCAGCAUGCACCGAAAAACACACGAGAGAAUCGACAAUUAAGGCCAAGCUCAUCUACAUCGGAGGAAGGUAACGGCGAUGACGAAGAAAGAGUGCGUGUUCCUGAUUUAAACCUCCCGGCUCUGCCCGAUAAUUUAUUAAACGUAUUGAAGAUUAAACCUGAAGUUGACGGGAAGCUGAUCCCUAAAGUUGGCGACAAUUUUAAGGCUACGAUUCCUGAAGUUGACGAGAACGUGAAAAGCCUGCUCAAGAGCACCCGUUUGCUCGAAUGGGUCAACUCUAUGGGACAUACGACUAAGGAGGAGUAUAUAGAUGCUGCCAUAGUGAAGCUUACAGAACUUGUAACUAAGAACGGGAAAGAGAUGGUGGCUAGCAUGUUAAAGGCCGCAAAGAAUGACCCAGCUACGAAACAAAUUGCCGCAAAUUUGGAAAGAAUUUUGGUGCUGAGUCACGAACUCAAUGAGGACGCUUUUAAAAUGUUAUCAGUUGGCCAGGCUGAUCUACGCGCAUUUUUGGCCAGUCCGUUACUCAAAAACUAUCUCGAGCUUCAUUUGCAGCUAACAGGCGAUUUUUCACUUGGGCCAUUGGUAACUAUGUUAUUGGAGCACUACAGUGACGCAGCGCUAGCGAAAAAGCUUCUUGAGGUGCAUUCAAAAGAUGCAGCGGCAGAAAUGGCAGAAGAGGUGUCGACUUACCAUACGGAUCAUUGGGAAAAUACAUCUAGUGGCGAGAUUCUCUUUGAACGUCUGGGGCUGAAAAAAGCAGGCAUCCAUAUGGUCGACAGCCCAGUGUGGGACACGUGGGCCAUGUAUAUGGCGAUGCGAAAGGGCAUAAAUAAGUUUGCAGAACCCGACCUUGCCGAAGUAGCUAUCCCAGUGCUGCGAAAGAACUUUCAUGACAAGGUUUUACUCGAUUGGUUUAAUGCUGCUAAAACUGACGCAGGGGUAACGCGUGCCGGAUUUUUAAAGACGGCGCUUGAUGAAGCAAGAACGGCGGAAGGCAAAGCACCGUUGACGAUAAGUAAGCGAAAGGGAAUUGACAACGAAUUACUAGUGCCGACGAAGCGCCAACGUAUCGACGAUGGUCAGUAG